AUGCGCCACCGGGUCCCCGGGGCCGUGCUGCCCCACGCAGCUGCCCGUUGGCACAGCCCGUGGGUGCUGGCCUUUGAGAUCUUCAUCCCCCUGGUGCUCUUCUUCAUCCUCCUGGGGCUGCGGCAGAAGAAGCCAACCAUCCCUGUGAAGGAAGUCUCUUUCUACACGGCGGCCCCACUCACCUCAGCUGGGAUCCUGCCCGUCAUGCAGUCCCUGUGCCCCGACGGCCAGCGCGACGAGUUUGGCUUCCUGCAGUACUCCAACUCUACGGUGACACAGCUCCUGGAGCACCUCAGUGAAGCGGUGGAACAGAGCAGCCUCUUCGACCCACAGCACCCAGGGCUGGAGGAGGAGCUGGAGUCGCUGCGCCGGCGCCUGGAGGCACUCAGCAGCAGCGAGCCCAGCUCCAUGGAGACCCACUUCAGCAACCGAGCAGGAUCCGGCUUCACGCUGGCGUGGGCGGCCAAGGACCGGGGCGAGCUGCACCGCUUCCUGACACAGAACCUGUCCCUCCCCAACAACACGGCCGAGCUGCUCCUGGGCUCCAGCGUUGACCUGCGGGAGGUGUACCGUCUGUUUUUCGGUUCCUUUCCUUUGGUACCUGAUGAGACCCAUGAGCGAGACCUGUGGGAUGGGUUUGGCCCCGGUGAGAAGAUGACGCAGCUGGAGAUCAUCAGCAGGCUGAAGCUGGACGAGGUGAACAGCACGGCUGCCCAGCACCGCCUCCGCGCCUUCCUGGAGGACCUGGUGGAGAUGGAGAAGGUUCUCCGUGACGUGGACAUCCUCUCGGCGCUGGCCAAGCUGCUGCCCAGGGGAGCCUGCGCCAGCAAGGCCCCGCCACCCACUGCCAACAGCACCGGCUGGGCUGGCACCAACGCCACAGCCGGCAACGCCACAGCGGAGGAGGAGGGGGCUGGGGGGGGCCCGGCCAUUGGCGACAACCCCCAGGGGCAGUUCUCAGCAUUCGUACAGCUCUGGGCUGGGCUGCAGCCCAUCCUCUGUGGCAACAACCGGACGAUCGAGCCUGAGGCGCUGAAGCAGGGCAACAUGAGCUCGCUGGGCUUCACCAGCAAGGAGCAGCGAAACCUGGGCCUCCUCGUGCAUCUGAUGACCAGCAACCCCAAAAUCCUGUACGCGCCCGUGGGCACUGAAGUGGACAAGGUCAUCCUGAAGGCCAACGAGACCUUCGCCUUUGUGGGCAACGUCACCCACUACGCCAAGGCGUGGCUGAACAUCUCCCCCGAGAUCCGUGCCUAUCUGGAGGAGGGCAGGCUGCAGAGGCGCAUCCGCUGGCUUCAGCAGUUCACUGCCGACCUCCACAAGCACCCAGAGAUCCUGAAUGUCUCCGACAGCGAUGUUCUCCACAACUUCCUCAAUGGCAACUUCUCCCUGCCCAACGCCAGUGUUCUGCUCCAGCAGCUGGACACCAUUGACAAUGCUGCCUGCGGCUGGGUCCACUUCAUGGCCAAGGUCAGCGUGGACAUCUUCAAAGGCUUCCCGGAUGAGGAGAGCAUCGUCAACUACACGCUGAACCAGGCCUACCAGGACAACGUCACUGUCUUUGCCAGCGUCAUCUUCCAGACCAACAGGGAUGGCCCCCUCUGGAUCCAGGACAUGAUGGAGCGCGCCCUCAUCAACAUGUUUGUUGGCCACGAUGUGGUGGAGCCCGGCAACUAUGUGCAGAUGUUCCCAUACCCGUGUUAUACCCGGGACGACUUCCUCUUCGUCAUCGAGCACAUGAUGCCCCUGUGCAUGGUGAUUUCCUGGGUCUACUCAGUGGCCAUGAUGAUCCAGCACAUUGUGACAGAGAAGGAGCAUCGCCUGAAAGAGGUGAUGAAGAUGAUGGGCUUGAACAACGCGGUGCAUUGGGUGGCGUGGUUCAUCACCGGCUUUGUCCAGCUCUCCAUCUCGGUCACAGCGCUCACUGCCAUCCUGAAGUACGGCAAGGUCCUGAUGCACAGCGAUGUCCUCAUCAUCUGGCUCUUUCUCGCCAUCUACGCAGUGGCCACCAUCAUGUUCUGCUUCCUGGUGUCAGUGCUCUACUCCAAGGCCAAGCUGGCCUCUGCCUGUGGCGGCAUCAUCUAUUUCCUCAGCUACGUGCCCUACAUGUACGUGGCCAUCCGGGAGGAGGUGGCGCAUGACAAGAUCACGGCCUUUGAAAAAUGCAUUGCGUCCCUCAUGUCCACCACGGCCUUUGGGCUGGGCUCCAAGUACUUCGCACUGUAUGAGGUGGCCGGUGUGGGCAUCCAGUGGCACACCUUCAGCCAGUCACCUGUGGAAGGAGACGACUUCAACCUCCUGCUGUCCAUGAUGAUGCUGAUUGUGGAUGCCGUGGUGUACGGGGUGCUCACGUGGUACAUUGAGGCCGUGCACCCGGGCAUGUUCGGCUUGCCGCGGCCCUGGUACUUCCCCUUCCAGAAGUCUUACUGGCUGGGCAACGGGCGAGUGGAGACCUGGGAGUGGACCUGGCCCUGGUCCCGCACCACCCGUCUCAGCAUCAUGGAGGAGGAUCAGGCCUGUGCCAUGGAGAGCCGGAGGCUGGAAGAGACACGGGGCAUCGAGGAGGAGCCGACCCACCUCCCCUUGGUUGUCUGCAUCGACAAGCUCACGAAGGUCUACAAGACAGACAAGAAGCUGGCACUGAACAAGCUGAGCCUCAACCUCUACGAGAACCAGGUGGUGUCCUUCCUGGGGCACAACGGCGCGGGCAAAACCACCACUAUGUCCAUCCUCACUGGCUUGUUCCCUCCAACCUCGGGCUCCGCUACCAUCUACGGCCACGAUAUCCGGACAGAGAUGGACGAGAUCCGGAAAAACCUGGGCAUGUGUCCCCAGCACAACGUGCUGUUCGACAGGCUGACGGUGGAGGAGCACCUCUGGUUCUACUCGCAGCUCAAGAGCAUGGCAGAGGAGGAGAUCCGCAAGGAGAUGGACAAGAUGAUUGAGGACCUGGAGCUUUCCAACAAACGCCACUCCCUGGUGCAGACCCUCUCGGGGGGCAUGAAGAGGAAGCUGUCGGUGGCUAUUGCCUUCGUGGGUGGGUCACGGGCCGUGAUCUUGGACGAGCCCACGGCUGGCGUGGACCCGUACGCACGCAGGGCCAUCUGGGACCUCAUCCUCAAGUACAAGCCAGGUGAGCGGAGGUGGGCAGAGCCCAGCAUUNNNGGUGACCGCAUUGCCAUCAUCUCCCAUGGCAAGCUCAAGUGCUGCGGCUCCCCGCCCUUCCUCAAGAGCACCUAUGGUGACGGCUACAAGCUGACAGUGGUGAAGAAGCAGUCGGACACCAGGAAUGGCACAGAGCCAGGCCAGCCGCACAGCCCCCCGGCCCACUCCUCUGUCAGCCCCUGCUCCGAGCCCCGCGUCUCCCAGUUCAUCAAGAAAUACGUGGCCUCCUGCCUCCUCAUCUCUGACACCAACACUGAGCUCUCCUACAUCCUGCCCAGCGAGGCCGUCAAGAAGGGCUGCUUCGAGAGGCUCUUCCAGCACUUGGAGCAGAGCCUGGAGGAGCUGGACCUCACCAGUUUCGGGCUGAUGGACACCACGCUGGAGGAGGUCUUCCUGAAGGUGUCCGAGGAGGACCAGUCUCUGGAGAACAGCGACGUGGACAUGAAGGAGUCCAAGAAGGACGCCCUGCGGCCACCUGCCCCUGAGUUGGGCCCGAAGCCAGAGGCCAACGGGGAGCCCCUGGCUGAAGCAGCCGUGCUGGAGAAGCCCGAGGUGGAGCUCAGCAACCUGGUGACUUGCUCCAAGCUGGCGCAGUCACAGGCAUCCCUGCGCUCGGCCUCCUCGGUGGGCUCCGUGCGGGGCGACGAAGGUGGGGCUUAUUCCGAAUUCUUUGGGGAUUACGCACCCCUGUUCGAUAACCGGCAGGACCCUGAUAACAUCAGUCUGCAAGAGCAAGAGGUGGAGGUGGAGGCGGAGGACCGUGACCUGGCCGGGCAGGGGAGCUUCAAGCUGGAGGGCUCGUGGCUGAAGCUGCGCCAGUUCCAUGGGCUGAUCGUCAAACGCUUCCACUGUGCCAAGCGCAACACCAAGGCCCUCUUCUCACAGAUCCUUCUGCCCGCCUUCUUCGUCUGCGUGGCCAUGACGGUGGCGCUCUCCGUGCCCGAAAUAGGUGAUCUGCCGCCCCUCAUCCUCUCGCCAUCGCAGUACCACAACUACACGCAACCCAAGGGCAACUUCAUUCCUUACGCCAACGAGGAGCGGCGUGAGUACCGCAUCAGGCUGUCUCCCGAUGCCAGUCCCCAACAGCUGGUGAACACCUUCCACCUGCCCUCUGGCGUGGGGGCCACCUGCGUGCUCAAGACAGCCUUCAACAACACGCUGGACCAGCCCAUGCAGACCCUCAACCUCAACAGCAACGAGUCCAAGAUGCUGGCGGCCAAGUACUUCGACGCCAUGUGCAUCGACUCCUUCACCCAGGGCCUGCCACUCUCCAACUUUGUGCCGCUGCCUCCAUCCCCAGCUCCCUCCGACUACCCCAUCUCAGUGGAUGAGGACCUGCUCCAUGCCUGGAACUCCACGACCUUCUCCUCUGCCAUCAAAGAGACCGUGACCUCAGCCCCUGCCCUGCCCCGCAUCGUCCAUGAGCCCAUCAAGUGCACGUGCUCCAUGCAGGGGACUGGCUUCUCCUGCCCCAGGGGCGUGGGGGGCCAUCCCCCGCAGAUGAAGGUGGUGAGGGACAUCCUCCUGGCAGCCAUCACAGGGCGCAACGUCUCCGAGUACCUGCUCUCAGUCUUCUACAACAACAAGGGCUACCACAGCAUGCCCACCUACCUCAACGCUCUCAACAAUGCCAUCCUGCGAGCCAACUUGCCCAAGAGCAAAGGCAACCCUGCUGCCUACGGCAUCACGGUCACCAACCACCCCAUGAACAAGACGAGCGCCAGCCUGUCCCUGGAUUACCUCCUGCAAGGCACGGACGUGGUGAUUGCCAUCUUCAUCAUCGUGGCCAUGUCCUUCGUGCCAGCCAGCUUUGUGGUGUUCCUGGUGGCCGAAAAGGCCACCAAGGCCAAACACCUGCAGUUCGUGAGUGGCUGCGACCCCGUCAUCUACUGGUUGGCCAACUACGUGUGGGACAUGCUGAACUACCUGGUGCCGGCCACGUGCUGCAUCAUCAUCCUGUUCGUGUUCGACCUCCCGGCAUACACCUCUCCCACCAACUUCCCCGCUGUCCUCUCCCUCUUCCUGCUCUACGGCUGGUCCAUCACCCCCAUCAUGUACCCUGCCUCCUUCUGGUUCGAGGUGCCCAGCUCCGCCUACGUCUUCCUCAUUGUCAUCAAUCUCUUCAUCGGCAUCACGGCCACCGUUGCCACGUUCCUGCUGCAGCUCUUUGAGCACGACAAGGAUCUGAAGGUGGUGAACAGCUACCUGAAGAGCUGCUUCCUUGUAUUCCCUAACUACAACCUGGGCCAUGGCUUGAUGGAGAUGGCCUACAACGAGUACAUCAACGAAUACUAUGCCAAGAUCGGGCAGUUCGAUAAAAUGAAAUCGCCCUUUGAAUGGGACAUCGUGACGCGGGGGCUCGUUGCCAUGACAAUCGAAGGCUUCGUCGGCUUCUUCAUCACCAUCAUGUGCCAGUACAACUUCUUCCGGAAGCCCCAGCGGCUGCCCGUCUCCACCAAACCCAUCGAGGACGACAUCGAUGUGGCCAAUGAGCGGCACCGUGUCCUGCGCGGCGACGCUGACAACGACAUGCUGAAGAUCGAAAACCUCACCAAGGUGUACAAGUCCCGCAAGAUCGGGCGCAUCCUGGCUGUGGACCGGCUGUGUGUGGGCGUGCGGCCCGGGGAGUGCUUUGGGCUGCUGGGCGUCAACGGUGCAGGCAAGACGACCACCUUCAAGAUGCUGACAGGGGACGAGAGCACCACGGGUGGAGAGGCCUUCGUUAAUGGGCACAGCAUCCUGCAGGAGCUUCUGCAGGUUCCGCAGAGCUUGGGCUACUGCCCCCAGUUCGAUGCGCUCUUCGAUGAGCUGACAGCCCAGGAGCACCUGGAGCUCUACACCCGCCUGCGCGGCAUCCCCUGGAAGGACGAGGAGCGGGACGAGCCCACCACGGGGAUGGACCCCAAGGCACGGCGCUUCCUCUGGAACCUCAUCCUGGACGUCAUCAAAACGGGUCGCUCCGUGGUGCUCACGUCUCACAGCAUGGAGGAGUGCGAGGCGCUCUGCACCCGCCUGGCCAUCAUGGUGAACGGGCGGCUCAAGUGUCUCGGCAGCAUCCAGCAUCUCAAGAACCGGUUUGGAGAUGGCUACAUGAUCACGGUGCGCACCAAGUCCAGCCUCAAUGUCAAGGAGGUGGUGAGGUUCUUCAACCGCAACUUCCCCGAAGCUGUCCUCAAGGAGCGGCACCACACCAAGGCCCAGUACCAGCUGAAGUCAGACCAGAUCUCGCUGGCGCAGGUCUUCAGCAAGAUGGAGCAGGUGGUGGACGUGCUGGGCAUCGAAGACUACUCCGUCAGCCAGACCACACUGGACAACGAUGUCACCGGUGACCUCCAGCCUGCCCCAGACGGGGACCUCAGCCCCGCUGCUCUGCAGCGGAGCCUGCUGCGGGCCCUGCUGAAGCUGGACGAGUACCUGAGUGCCCCCCUGGAGUACGAGCUGGCCCACGACCCUCACCUCCGGGCCUCCCAGCGCCGCUUCCUCGACGGGGACCAGCUCACAUUAGCCGACUGCAACCUGCUGCCCAAGCUCAACAUCGUUCAGGUGAACGCGGGCAUCCCGGUGCCAUGCCCUUCCCCUUGCCCUGGCCUCCCGAUGCUGCCGGCUGGACACGUGCACACAAACACCAACACGUGUGCGGUGCCUUGCAAGAGCCCUGGGCACUGCUGGGCAUCAGCAUCUGUCCCUGCCUCCCACAGGGCGCUGGACGUGCUGAAGGACUUUGCGCCGGGUGCCCAGCUGCCCGUUUUGCUCUACAAUGGCGAGCCCAAGACUGACACCGUCACCAUCGAGGACUUCCUGGAGGACAAGCUGGGCCCCCCCAUGUUCAGCUGA